AUGUUUUCCGGAAUGCUUGAGCCUUUUAUCUUCUUCUCACAGGCAUUGACAGCAAAGCAAAUCAAUCUUCAGAUGCUUGUUGAAGACACCGAUUCAACAACGUGGUGCUUGUCAGAUAGCGAUAUUAAAAAGAUGAGCUUCAACUUUUCUCGCCAAAGAACGUGGCGUGAUUUUAUCGCCAACCCACAAAAAAGUAUUCAUCCCGUUGUGAAGAGUGAUCCAUCUGAAGAUGACGAUGAUGAGGACAGUGAUGAUGACGACAACGAGGUUCGAUCAAUCACAAGAACUGUCGACUUUGUGAGUUUUUCUGGCGGAAAGAGGAAAAAUAUCUGGACGUAUGAUUUGAAUCUCAAGGGCAAAUACCGCGGUUGUUAUAACAUGUUCGCCAGGUUCAUCGACGAUAGUCAUUGGCUUAUCAUCGCUGAAGUCUUCGACAAUGAAGGAGAUGACAAAAUGGUCCACGUCGACUUGAAGCAGAGAAAAGUAAGUUCCUACAUCUUCCCAACAUGUUUCUGGGCAGAGACUGCAUUUUAUGGCCUCUAUGGAUCCCGUAUUUACUACGUGAGAGAAGUGGAUAAUCCUUAUUGCACCCUAUCGAAGCAGCUAGUUUUUGGAUACUUGCAGAACCCGGAUACUGACGAUUGUGAAGAGAAUCCGGACUGUGUUAGCUAUCUCUGCUUUUUUGAGCGAGGAGAAAUGACGAAAGAAGCUCUUGUCAAAAUCGGUACCAGAGGAUUUGUUCAUCUUGCUUUGAAGCCGGAACACAAAAAAUCUAAAGUGUUUACAUUCACGAUUGACGUUAUCGAGCAGUUGAUGGCAAAGUCUGACAAGCUGUCGACAAAAAUUGACUUUCCGCAGGAAAGUGAUGAAGAAACUACACUGCCGCUUAUUAAACUUGACGAGUUAUGCAUUGAAAAAUAUGAAGACUUGUCCGAAGAUCUUGACCCUGAGCAAUGUGACAUUGGUUUUAUGGAGGGGAACAAGCUCCACUUACUCGUUUGA